AUGAUGGACGAGCUGCACCCGAGCGUUGUGGAUCAAUCUUCCCGCUCGUCUCCAACCGCUUCGGCGUCAACAUCAACCGAGUCGCUCGGGCCUAAACGAUGCAUCAGUUACGUCACGAUGCAGGUCCUGAAUGCGAUGCGGCUUAGCGAAACACUGUGCGAUGCCUCGAUCGUGCUGCCGGAAACUGGCCGCGAAUAUCGAAUACACCGCGUCAUUAUAGGCUCGUGCAGUGACUAUUUUCAUAUCUUAUUUACAACAACAGUGCCGAGUGAGAAAUAUUUCCUCGAACUACCUGGUAUUCCCGGUAGUAUUAUGGAGGAAAUCAUCCGUUAUGCGUACCUGCGGGAGUGUGCGCUGACCGAGGACACCGUCUUCGACGUUUACGCCGCGUCCGACUUUCUGCUCAUAAAUAGCCUCACGGAGCGCUGUACCGACUUUAUCCUAAGCCGGUUGCGGCUUGAUAACUGCGUAACAGUUAUGCUCUUCGGAAGACAACAUGCGUCACCGAAGGUGCAGAAAGCGGCCUGGCAGUUUAUGCUGAAACACUUUACCGCACUAGUAGAGAGUGACAUGAGCGAACUGUUGCGGCUGGAAGUGGACGACCUAGGCGCUCUGUUGGCGGAUGAUCUACUGAACGUGCGCGAGGAGGACGUUGUGUGGGAAUUUCUGCUACGCUGGAUCAAUCAUGAUCCGGGAAAACGUGCUCGGUACAUAGGCAGGUUGAUGAAAACCGUCCGGUUCGGUUUAAUGACCACUGAGUACUUUCUUGAGAAAGUAAAAGAUAAUCAAUAUGUGCAGGCGAGCGAAGAUACGAAGCAGUUAGUCAUUGAUGCGCUAACGUUCUUAUAUGAUCUUGAAAUGAUUAGCACAAAGGCAAUGAAAGAGAUGAAAACCCCUGCCAUGGCUACUCCUCGUUUGCCGCAUGAAGUAAUCUUUACCGUCGGAGGCUGGGGCGAAGGCCAAUCGCAGUCGAUAAUCGAGACGUACGACACCCGGGCAGAUCGCUGGAUAAGGGUACCCCACGAGGAUUCGGCCGGUCCGAGGGCAUACUACGGUGCGGCGCAUAUUGGCAGAUAUCUCUAUUUCAUUGGCGGCUACGACGGGGUAGAACAUUUCAACAGCUGUCGCCGAUUCGACAUGAUCGAGAAAGGCUGGAAGGAGAUAGCACCGAUGCACUGUCGACGAUGCUACGUCAGUGUGGUAACCCUAGACGGUUUCAUCUACGCCAUGGGUGGCUAUAAUGGUGCAAAUCGGCACAACUCGGUCGAACGGUAUGACCCCCGUACAAACCAGUGGACGAUCAUCGCACCGAUGGGUUCGCAGCGCUCGGAUGCCGAUGCGUGCACGCUCGAUGGCAUGAUCUACAUCACCGGCGGGUUCAACGGGCACGAGUGUCUCAAUACGGCCGAAAUGUACGAUCCACGGACGGACAGCUGGUCACCAUUGCCUCCGAUGCUACACCGUCGGUCUGGAGUUUCCUGUGCCGCUUUGUGCGGAUCAGUGUACGUGGUAGGCGGUUUCAACGGGCUGAUCCGGCUUAAUAGUUGUGAGCGGUACGAACCUGCGGCACGCCGUUGGAUCGCCUGCAAGGAAAUGUACCACCAGCGAAGUAACUUCGGCCUGGAGGUCAUCGACGAUAUGCUGUUCGCGAUCGGUGGCUAUGACGGGGUCAGUGCGAUCGCGUUCGUCGAAUGUUACGGUCCGGAGGCGAACGAGUGGCUCGAAGCGACAGACCUCAGCAUGAUGCGAUCCGCCUUCCGUGCUGUCACCGUAGGCGAUUUACCGAACAUCCACGACUACGUACAUUCAAACAAGGAGAAUCUCAUCAACGAAAUGAACCAGUACCGACAUUUCCUCCGGUCGGCGGAAGGCAGUAUCGUUCCAACUUCAUCAACCAGCGAGAGCGACAAUGAGGUCGACUAA